CGCAGUAAGGGGAAGCAGCAGCCCCUAUGAAAAACAACAACAAUCACUACAGGCCAGGAAAAAGAGAGAUGGCUCCGUGAAACUCAGCACGUCUGCCCCCUUACCACUUCACCAGUCCCAGCCCGACUGCUGCUAUUUCCAUCGGAUUAUUAUAUGUCGAUGGUGCCGAGCCCAUGAACCUGGCCAGUCUCAGCGGGGAAGCCGGCGGAAGCCAGCUCCUCUUCGCCAACUUUAACCAGGACAACACGUCUUUAGCUGUUGGCACCAAAUCAGGAUACAAGUUUUUCUCAUUGUCCUCUGUGGACAAAUUGGAGCAGAUCUAUGAAUGUACAGACACAGAGGAUGUGUGUAUCGUGGAGCGUCUGUUCUCCAGCAGCCUGGUUGCUAUCGUCAGCCUCAAGGCCCCGAGGAAGCUCAAAGUCUGUCACUUCAAGAAGGGAACCGAGAUCUGCAACUACUCCUACUCCAACACCAUACUGGCUGUCAAACUCAACAGACAGAGGCUGAUUGUGUGUCUGGAGGAGUCGCUUUACAUUCACAACAUCAGAGACAUGAAAGUUCUGCACACUAUCAGAGAAACUCCGCCCAAUCCUUCAGGAUUGUGUGCCCUCUCUAUCAGCAAUGACAACUGUUAUCUGGCCUACCCCGGGAGCACUACGAUAGGAGAGGUUCAAGUGUUCGACACUGUUAACCUGCGAGCAGCGAACAUGAUUCCAGCCCACGACAGCCCAUUAGCGGCUUUAGCUUUUGAUGCCAGUGGAACCAAACUGGCCACAGCCUCCGAGAAGGGCACAGUCAUUCGUGUCUUCUCUAUUCCAGAGGGACAGAAGCUCUUUGAGUUUCGACGAGGAGUCAAGAGGUGUGUGAGCAUCUGCUCAUUGGCAUUCAGUAUGGAAGGUCUGUAUCUGUCAGCCUCCAGCAACACAGAGACGGUCCACAUCUUCAAGUUAGAGACGCAGAAGGAGAAAUAUGUGCCAGCAGAGGAGCCCACCACAUGGGGAGGGUACCUGGGCAAGGUCCUGAUGGCGUCCACCACCUACCUGCCCUCCCAGGUUACAGAGAUGUUCACACAGGGGCGAGCCUUCGCCACAGUACGCCUGCCCUUCUGUGGACAUAAGAACAUCUGCGCCUUAGCUGUAAUUCAGAAGAUUCCCAGGUUGUUGGUGGCAGCAGCCGAUGGUUACCUGUACCUGUACAACCUGGAUCCACAAGAAGGAGGGGAAUGCACACUAAUGAAGCAGCACAGGUUAGACGGCAGUGCUGAGCCACCAAAUGAAAUCCUUGAGCAGGGGUCACAUGAUCGCCCACUUGUGGCUCAAACCUAUAGUGCUGCUGUUACUAAAGGUUACUGCGAAGAACAGGGCGCCGUUGGAGGGGCGGGGCUAGAAGACGACCUUAAUGACCUGCGCCUAGAGGAGGAGAACGAGCAACCGCCGCUCAUCCUGGAAACUGACUGACUUAACGAACGGCUGUACCCACCAAUCAGAGGGCUCCUCUGGUGCUGCUAUGAACACGAGGGGGGCGGGGGCAGGAUCAAAGACUGGGGGCGUUUUUAAACGCCCAAAGUGUUCAUGAGCCUGUCUGUGAGUCCGUCUGUGCGUUCGUCCGUUCACAUACAUGUCGAUCUUUUUCUCCCUCUCUCCUCCCUGCGCUCUCUUUUCGGUUUCGCCUCGUAGGCCGAGCUGAUGCUUUGCAUGUACAUGUGCCAACUGCUAAAACAUGCUCCAAUGUGAAAACAAGUAUCUGUGAGUGUGUUGGACGUUUGAUCAAAAAAAAGAAAAUGUAGCUGUGUCUCCACUUAAAGACACGCACACACUGACGCAAGCACUGUGUAAAUGAAAGUGAUUGUGUAAGUGCCUCGCUGCCCCAGUGUCAGGGUUCCUUCUGUUUGAGAGGGCGAUCUCUUUGGCUCAAUAAAAUCUGUUUUCAGUUGUCGGAUCUUAACUAAGACUGUGUUUAGUAUCUUUUCUGACCCUUUCUUCUUUCACACACAAUCUGUGUCACAAGUCGACUGACUCUUUCACCCCUCUUAAAUUAUGAUGUGAAGCUUUUGGCAUGAGGCAGAUGUGUUUGCGGAUUAAAGCGUGUCUGUGCGCUCUGGCUGAGACCUCAUUUGUGUGUGUGCUGGGCAUGUACAUUAGCAAACACUGCGUAAUUAGCCUCCACUUGCCCCCCCUCCUGUUUUACCUCAUCCAAAGCCAGGCUCAGUGGGCUCCCCCCUCCUCCUCAGGCCUGCAGUCAUUGGUUGAUUUUAAACACUGAUAUUAACGAUCUUUUUAAAAUCUACAUAACCAAUCAUAACCAAUGAUGUGUCAUGAAAACAUGCAUGGUGGUGUUGUCAUGGUACUUUGUCCAUACAUCGCAGACAUAUGAGUGGUGAUGAUUUAUUCUGUACAUUAUCAGAAGUGGAAAGAUUUCGCUGUACCAUACUGUCAGGUCAUGACCACGGCUUGUACACUCUCUGCAAUGGUGUGUGCGCGCGCGCGUGUGUGUGUGUGUGUUUGUGUGUGGCUGUCGACUGAACUGUGGAUUAUCAUUUGGUUGAUCAGGAGCUCAGGCUGAGCAUCAUCAACUGGUCCAGGAUGCUGCAUGGUUCCCCAUUAAUCCUGUGGUGUUUGAAGCUACUCGAGGAUUAGCCAUGGGAUUUUGGAGUGUCAGGCAUUUUCUAAUGAUUUUGUACAAAAUGUGAAACAUUCAUCUGAAACAAAUGAAAUAAAUUCCAUGUUGAUGUA